CGGCCGGGGUUACAUCAUCCCCGCGGCUCGGGCAGGAGCUGCGGUGGCGGCGGCGGCGGGGCUCAGACAAAGCCGCUCCGCGGGGUCGGUCGCAACGGCGAGGAUGGCCCCCAGCCGCCGCUGAAGACCCCCGGCCCCACCUCUGCCAGGGGGUCGCUCCUCGGGGUCGCUCCUCCGGGCGAAGGAAGGCAGAGCAACCAGCCCACCCACUGCUGCGGCGCGAAGAUGAGCCUCUUAGUGCCAAGCCCUGGCGCAGAGGCCCACGUGGCGAAAAGGCGGCUGUGCUGUGAGAAAGCGUCAAAAGCCGGAGGCUCGGCACCCAAGCGCCCGCGCGUGGACAAGCUUCCGGGGCCGUCCCCCUGCCUCCAGCCCCUGCCUCAGGGCCCUCCUGCCGCGGAUCGGGGUUUGACCAUCACUCGGAUCGGCCCUUACGUCCUUCUGGAGCCCACAGAAGGUGGGCGCACCUACAGGGCUGUAAACAGACACACCGAAGCAGAACUGACUUGCAAGGUUUAUCCGGCGAAGAGCUACCCCGAAGUGAUGGUGCCAUACGCUGCUCUCCCCUCACACCCCAGCAUUGCCCGGCUGGCCGAGGUCAUCGUGGGAGACCAGAAUGUUUACGUCUUUUUUGAGCCCGGGAAGGACAAUAUGCACGACCUGGUGAGGCGGCGCAAGCGUCUGCCAGAGUCAGAGGCGAUCGCUCUCUUCCGACAAAUGGCCGAAGCUGUUGCCCACUGCCACCAGUACGGCAUCGUCCUCCGAGACAUUAAACUGAGGAAGUUCGUCUUCGCGGAUCGAGAACGGUCCAAGUUGCUGCUGGAGAACCUGGAAGAUGCCCAGGUCCUAUUGGGCACCGAUGACACCUUGACGGACAAGCAUGGCUGCCCAGCUUAUGUGGGUCCCGAAAUCAUCAGCUUCAAGGGCUCCUACUCUGGAAAAGCGGCUGAUAUCUGGAGCCUAGGGGUGGCCCUCUACACUCUGCUGGUGGGCUGCUAUCCCUUCCAGGGCACCAAGCCCAUCUCGUUGUUUGGCAAGAUCUGUCGCGGACGUUUUACGGUUCCGGGCGACCUCUCGCCCAAGGCCCAGUGCCUUAUCCGGUGCCUCUUGCGAAAGGAUCCGGCGGAAAGGCUGACCGCCAGCGGCAUCUUGCUCCAUCCUUGGCUGGCUUCCAACCCAGGGCCCAAAACGCUGGGGGUCAGCCCCCUCGGAGGGCAGGGACUGGACCAAGUGGUUCCUGAAAUGAGGAGCUGCCGAAAGAAUUCGGAUAAAUUGCGAGGAGAGGACAGUUGAAGUGGCCUUGAGGGGAAGAAUGCGGAAGAAGGAAAGCCUCUGGCAUUGAAAGCCAUAUCUCAGCCGCCUCGGAAGUGCCUUUUGGGGGGGGACAUACUACCUUUCACCUUUGCCCUUCCAUGGGGCAGGGGUCACUUUGUCCCAAAACGUGGGGGGAGAAGGGCUUAACCCCCCCCCCUCUUUGCCCUUUGCGUUCUCGCCUAUGCCAAAGAAACCUAGGGGAGUUUUGUCGAGCACCAGCAAGCUCUUAAAGAGGGCUCUUUUGCACCUUGAAUUCGGGAUCUGUAUUGCUGAUUUGGACAAGGAACCUGCCGUGGAAGGAUUGGCGGGAGAAAGAGAUCUAGCAUGGAUGAUGUUAUGUAGUUUGGUAACGAGAUGUCUGCAAGUAAAAAGCUAAGCUCAGAGAGCACAAA